UAUAAAUAGAUGAUAAACAAAACGUAGUACAACGUCUACUGUCACGGAUUAUAUUUAAAUAAUCGAAGGAACUAAACGUUUAUUGUAUAUCGUGUCUUUAACGAAAUAGGCAGCUGUUGAAAUGAUCCUCGGACGAUGUGCCAGAAGUUUUGGAGAUUUUAAGAUGUGCCGAAGGGAAAGACCAAUGAAGGUGACAGAGGCGCUACAGACAGUAGUCUCCAAAGCGAUACAUGAAGGAAGACUGGUCACUGGUAUCACAGAGAUGGCCGCUGUAUUAAAAAGAUUUUCUGGUUCGGGUGUGAUGUUUUGUAUUGUUGAGGUUAAAAGCGUUGAAGAUCUCCAAAUGAAAUUGCUGGAAGCCUAUUGCAGAGAACAUCAUAUAAAAUUGAUCAAGGUUGACCAUUGUCAUAGACUGAUCAACUGUGAAAAGUUCUCUGACAUUGCCAGUGCUUCAACAGAUUCCUACGAGGAAGAAUCAGCUCCUGCUACAACUUCUGACAAGGAAGAAUCGUGUAUGUGCAGACUGACUACCGAUGAUUUAACAGAAUAUUCUAUACAAGAUAAAUUAGAAAUCACAUGUCUGUUACUGACACAACCUACACAUUUGACAAGCGAAGAGGUAUUUGUGUUAUCAUUUUAUGAAACGUACAGAAAUUUUAGAAAUGAAUACCCUGUACUUAGGAUACAAGAUUCAGUAUACACGUAUCAGUGAUUAUAUAUGACAGUAAAAGCUGCAAAGCAUGUAUCCGUGGAAGAUUUAUACAGAUACAUUGAAUGAUUUAAACUACAGUUUCCAGUGGUUUUAGAAGACGCUAUUGACCAGGUCAAGCCUUGAAAAUUGAAACAUUAUGAUGGUUGUAUUUUGUUUUUACAUUAAGGCACAUUCCCCAAAUUUAUUAAAUUGAUAGAUAUUUAUCCUAUCUUUUUGUUUUACAACAAUUAUGAAUUUGAAACUACUGUAUCAAUUUUACUCUUUUGGGUCCAAUAACCUUACUUAAAAACUCUCAUAGUUUUAAAAGUAGUUUCUCAGUGAAUCUUACAAAACGCAUCUAAAACUCGUUACUUAUGAGGGGUUUUAUACAUAUUAUAUCGUUUAAUAUGUGCUGUGAUGUUACAGUUUGUACAGUCAAAGAAGUAUAAAAUACACAUCUAUUUAUUUUUAUAGAUCUCUGGUACAGUUAAGAGUUCAUUGUCAUUUGAAAUCUAUGAAGUAAAUAGUAAUUGUCAUAAUACUUCGUUUGUUUUGUUGGAAAUCUAAAAACAUUUGGCCAUUUUGCAAAUAGGAUUCCCUUAAUAAUAAGACUAGCCACUAGACUGAUAAUUACGAUAUUUCUAUGAUUUUUUUUCUUUUUUAUGUUCAUAGAGACAAAAGCCAGUCUAUUCUAGAGAUUUUCUAAGAGGACUGAUGUUAAAAUUGUAAUAUUGGACAUAGUAUAUAGACUGGCUCAGUUCACUAAUGAAAUCAUAAUAAUGUGAAGAAAAAAAAUAUCAUAGUAUAGGAGCUAUUCUACUUAAUAAUCAUCUUAAAACAUCAACAUUUUUUUCAACUGGGUAUCAUACAGAAAAAUAAGUCCAUAUCAUACAUACAUUGAAAAGGCUUGAUGAAAUGAUUAAAAAGUAGACUUUUCCUUAAAUAUAUGAUACAUUCAUGCAUCCUUAAAGGUGUUUCAGGUAGCAGGAAAAUGCAUCUAUUCAUGUGCCAUAUUAAAAAAAAUUCGCAAUCGGGAGGGGAUACCCCCCCCCGAACCCCCCCCAGGUUGGGCCCCCCCCCCCCCCCCCCCCCCCCCCAGCAAACAAAUCCUGCACACGGGCCUGUCAAGGUCAUCGCCAGGUACCGAUUCUAUACCCAAGACGGCGACUCGUACAACAUGAGGAACAUAUCGCAAAAGGUGAACCAGAAGCCUUAUUGCAGAAGAUGUACCAGAUGUUUAUCUCAGACAUACUCCAGACAUUUGUAUCAUUUUAGACACAAACAGAAAUUGAAAGUGUCAAAUUUCUUAUGGUUAUGUUUUACUACUUGUCUUUUGAGAUAGAAGCAGCAAAACGAAUUGUGUGUAUUAUAACGGUUCAAUUUCGAGAUGCGUUAGCUAGCCAUGUUGCUGUGACACUUCCGCCGCCGUCCAAAAAAACUGCAUCGUGGUUAUAUAAGAUUAAGUAUUAUACAUUAGAAAAACGCCUUUAGGAAGAACGACUCUAUGAUAUAGGAUUUUUGAUAUAUUAGAUAUGUGACCACGUUCCGUAGAAUGUGCUUAUAUUUCAUCUACAUUUUCCAUCAUCCCAAAUAGAAAUAUAUGUAAGAUGUUGCAUUCACUUACGUUUUCUCUUUCUGUUUUGUGAACUGGUUUUGUUUUCGUAGAUAUGUGCACUUAUGUAUCUGAUAUUUUUCUCAACAGUUACCCACCGUGUAAUAUCUUGCCAUUAUCUGAAAUUUUACUGAGUGAACGUUUUUUUGAAAUUUGGCAUAUGCUUAGAGUAAUAUGUUGUUGACAAGAUUUUAAAUUUCAAUGAAAUCAAAGUAUGCUAUCGUAGUAUUUUCUCUUUUUAUAUCAUUAAAUCAUCUUUGAAACGCAUUUGCAAACUAGAACUGUCAGCCGUUCGGUAGACUAAAUAAUUCCCUCGUAAUAUCGCCUUCAUAUACGAAAUAAAGUCCUUUUUACAAAUUUUAAGUCAAAAUAGGACCAUAGCUCUAUAAAAUCAGAGGAUUAUAACAAAAAUCGAACCUGGGGACUGUAUUUUUACUCGUUUACAUGUGUACCAUAAAUGCAUUUAUCCAUUCAAACCUUAUAUCGAACAGUUAUAAACAUUUCAUAAAUUCUUUCGAAAUGAUGGACUGUAACUAAUAGUGAACUUGACCUGUAUUUCAUGAUCACAUCCCGGUGAACUUGAAAAUUAAAUAAAUCCAUUCAUCUUUUCAUGAGUUAUCAAACGGACGAAUCUCGGGAAGAAAAGGGGUCUUAACUCUGGCAAUUAUCACUGGACUGUAACAUAAAUCAUGUUCGAGAUGGAUCUGACCUGUGUGUACUAAAACUGAUUUUAAUCAAUCCCUCCUUCAAGGAUGGGGAGCUGAUGACUCCGGUAUUCCUCCUUCUAGAGACCGGGUGUUACAAGCGGAAAACGUUUUUAGGGUUUGAGGGAAGAAAAUGAGGGGGGGGGGGGGGGGGGGGGCAAAAUAGUGUCUUUGUCGAGCCCUAUCAAAAAAGAGCUUUUAAUACCUUCAUGAUAUGUAACUAACCAUUUUCUAGAAAACAAUCAAACUCUAUCCCGUUUUCUAAAAAUACUUUAAUGUGUAUUGUUGUGACUUUCUAAAAUUGGGGUGUGGUAAUAAAAUGAAUAAAUAUUGUA